UCAUCUACUGAAGCGAGAACUUUCCGAGUGAGCGGAGGCAAUAUCACGAAAUUUCCGAAGUGGGUGAACUCGUGCGGAUUUAAUGUCUUUUGGCUGUGCAGAAGUGGAUUGCCGAAUUACCUCGAUUGUGGUUUGAAAUCAGAUUUAAAAACACUUUGGUUCCAGAUACACUGAUACAAAGAAACUUUAUAGAAUCAUGACUCAGUUCAACAAGGGACCAGCCUACGGAUUAUCUGCAGAGGUUAAAAGCAAGAUUGCUCAGAAAUAUGACCCUCAAAAGGAGGAAGAGCUCCGCUUCUGGAUUGAGGAGGUAACAGGCAUGCCCAUUGGAGACAAUUUCCAGAAAGGUCUGAAGGAUGGUGUCAUUUUGUGCGAGUUAAUGAACAAGCUACAGCCAGGUGCCAUAAAGAAAAUCAACCACUCACAGUUGAACUGGCAUAAGCUGGAGAACCUUGGGAAUUUUAUUAAAGCUAUCUUAUCUUAUGGCCUGAAGCCCAACGACAUCUUUGAAGCCAAUGACCUCUUUGAAAAUGGGAACAUGACUCAAGUCCAGACUACACUGCUUGCCCUAGCCAGUAUGGCAAAAACCAAAGGACUUGACACAAAGGUUGAUAUUGGAGUGAAAUAUGCAGAUAAACAGGAAAGACAUUUCGAUGAGGAGAAAAUGAAGGCUGGCCAAUGUGUUAUUGGACUUCAGAUGGGGACUAACAAAUGUGCAAGCCAGGCUGGUAUGACUGCUUAUGGCACACGGAGACAUCUCUAUGACCCAAAGACACAAUCAGAUAGACCUUAUGACCAGACCACCAUCAGCCUACAGAUGGGAACAAACAAAGGAGCCAGCCAGGCUGGCAUGUCUGCCCCAGGCACCAGGAGAGACAUUUAUGAUCAGAAGGUCGCAGUGCAGCCGCUGGACAACUCCACGAUCUCUCUGCAGAUGGGCACCAACAAGGUGGCCUCCCAGAAGGGCAUGAGUGUGUAUGGGCUGGGCAGGCAGGUCUACGACCCUAAGUACUGUGCCCCCACCACGGAUGCAGUCAUCCAUGCCAAUGGCAGCCAGGGCACAGGUACAAAUGGUUCUGAAAUCAGCGACAGUGACUAUCAGGCCGAGUACCAGGAAGAGGAAUACCAGGGGAGCUACCAUGAUGACUACAGCAGCCACUACAAUGACCAGGGCAUUGACUACUAGGGAGAGCAGUGCUAUUAGUUGAAGCAGUAUUAAUGCAUUAUAUAUCAACAGAGCAAGUCUUUUGCUAUCUUUGCUAGUCUUCCUCUUGUAUUGAGGGAUGAGAGAGGGGUGUGUGUGUGUGUGUGUGUGUGUGUGUGUGGGGGGGGGGGGGGGGGUGUUACUGCCUUGGGCUUCUCCUCUCUCAAAUCCCUCUACUGCAGCUCCUGUAUUAAGUGGCAGUGUUUUAAUUUGGUCAGAUAAUCUAGAAUGGCAAGAAAUCUAAAACCUGCUUAUCAUAACAUUCUUUUUAAAAUGUUUGUUUUUAUAAAGUAUGGAGAACUGUGAAGAUUACCCAUUUGAACUAUGCAGCAUUUGCUCUGUAAGGUUCUACUUUUAUAUCCUAUAACUGGUUGUUUGGUUUGUAUGUUUUUAACCAAUUGAUUUCCACAUCUCAGACUGAAUAAGUCCUACCAGUCUUGAAGAUUGCCAGACAACCUGUGCUCCACUGCAGCCUAAAAGGACUGAUGGAAAAGUGGGGAAAAAAGUGGACCAAAAGUGUUUUUACAUCACUGGAAAUUUGCAUUUUUCUUAGCUCAGAAAGAUUGAUGUUGUGGUGCUUUUAAAAAGUUCCUUCGUUAGACUGGAUUACCAAAAAGCCCUUCUAGUUUCCUGCUUUUUUCAAAUAGUUUUAUUUGUGCCAUAAUCUCUAAUUUUCAUAUAAAUUCCACUCCCACUGUAUUUAUUGUCAGUUCUCAUUUAAACUGUUCUUCUGUCAUAUGGUUAUUUUUUAUGAUUAAAUUCUUUGUUAUGAAUAAAGCAUUCAAUGCCCUGUUUGUCUAAGAAUUUCCCUUUUGAAGAGUUACAAUUUUAUAUUUUGUUACUUGAUAUGUCCUUUUAAAAGCAAUGUAUAGCCUUUUCAGUACCCUCUAUAAAAUUGCUAUUUUAUAUGAAGUGUUUCAGAGUAGUAGUCUAUAGCUGAAGUAUGGUUACCUAGAAAGCCUCUGAUGUAAUUAGCUGGCACACAACCUGUAUAUUUUAUGAAGGUGAAUGGCACAGAGAGGCUAUUUUUGAGGCUACCCUCAGAUGGUGCAGGAGGGCUUUUGGAUGCUAGCCCUUGAACCAGCAGCCCAAGGUUUCUGGAAAUGCUUAUAUAACUUCUUUGAGUGGAAAACCAGAAGCUAAAAUAUCUGUGAAUAAAAGUCAUUGGAAAGAAA